CCCUUCGAACAUUAUCUUCUUUAACUUCUUUAAGAACACGCUAUGAAAACAUGAUAAAAACUAGAUUACGAGUAUCAGGAGGGUUGAGUUCUGUAAUAAAUAUUCUAAAAACUGAACUUGAAUUUGUAACUGGUUUACUGUCAGGAAUUGAGAAUGGUAAGGCAUUGAACUUAUCAGAAGGUGUGUUGGAUUUCGAAUGUAUCGGACAAUGUCUUAAAAUAAUAGAAAAUGCAACCCUCUUCUGUGCUGAAAACCAAUUUGACAUUGUCGAAAAGGACAAAGAACUUUUACGGAUGUUAUUGGAGUUCCUUUUAUACUGUCAAAUAGUGGCUUGUAGUAAAAAUAUACAACGUGCUUCAAUAGCGAUGGAAUGUCUUCUUGGCAGUCUGCGUGUACUUAUUAACCUCUCUAAUGAUAAUCAGUCGUGCUGUCAAUGCAUUGGGUAUAUUCCUGGGAUGUCAAUUCUUGUUAGACUUGCCACUGUUGGACAGCUUCCCCAUAAUGAGUCUGCGACGAUUAAUACUGGCUCAGAUAAGAUGGAUUUAGAUUGUCCGACGAAUUCAACGGCUGUUGAAGCAGUCAAAUUCGAUGUGUUAUUGCUUAGUAUUGGUUUGCUUAUUAAUUUGGUUGAAAUGGAUCCUGGAAACCAAGAUGAGUUUCGAAAAGUUGAACAAAAUCCAUAUUGUACAGGUUCUCAUACUUGUCUUCGAACUUGUACAUGUUCUUCACGUGAAUCUGCCGUAUCAUGUUUCGUAUCUUUGUAUAAUUACCAACUUGAGAAAGAAGACGAUGAGCGAUUGCCGGAUCGAUCGGUCAAUUCUCUUAUAAACCUUCUUCAACAGUUCGUCCAUUUUAAUGAACUAGUUGGUGAAGAGGCGUCAGCAAGUGGUCACACAAGUGGACAAAUGCUAAUGAGUUCAUCAGCAUUAGAUCAAGUUCAAUCUGACAAUAUGGCACCUCAUACUCAAGGAAAAACUAUAGUUGAUUCAUUUUUGGAUAUUGUUGAUAUGUUAAAAUCUUUAGAAACUUAG